GCGGAAUGGCAAGAUUUAAUUAUACUCAAGUAAUUAUAUUCAAAACGUGCUCAUGCAGACGUUACCGUUGAUGUCGCUUUAAGAAAAUUUCCCUCGCUUGGCUUGAGUUGUUCAGUUUGCGAUUGCGAUUGAUGCGGGCGUGCUCUGACGGAACCUCGCACGGUUUUCAACGCGGAGUCUGUUUUGGAGUUAAUAUUUCUCAGCCCGCUAAAAAUGCUUGCGUCAGACUGGCUGGUGUAAGUUAACGUUCGUUGGCCUGCAGGAUGGAGCUGACUAGAAUGUCUACAGCUAAAUUAAUAAAGGAGUUAAUACAAUUUGGUAUCGAAGUCACUGAAGAGGAGAGGAAAAAGUUUGAAGACAAUGAUGUGGAUGGAGAGACUGUUGACAUCGGACUGACUGAGUCAAUGAUUUCAUUCCUCUUUGAGGGAUCAUUUAAAAAACAAGCAAAAUUUCAUCGAUUUGUUCAGCAGAUGAAGGAGACAGUGACAUUAACUCUUGAACCUGUGCCUGUAGAAAGCCAGUCAAGAGCUGGAGCAAGUAAUAUCAGCCCAUCAACAGCUUUCCCUGCAUUUUUUGAAGUUCCGAAGUUUCCAUUUGAUGUUCAGGCCAAAUUGGACCGAAAAGAAUGCAGACUAACGUCAUCCGACCGAAACAAAAUUAUUAGAACGUUGUAUGAAAGCAUGGCUCAGUACAAAAUGUAUCCAACUACAGAAGAGUAUGUUCAAGUGGCUAAGGCCCUGACUCUGAGGUAUCCCUUUUUAAAAGACAAAGAGGGCAAUGGAUAUCACACUUGGCACAUGUCUCUGAAACGCAAGUUUAAAUUUGAGCGGACACCUUUGGCUGAAGUUGAAGAAGUGAAAAGACUUAAACAGAAGUUUGGUCAUUCAAAAAAGUCUGCAACCUGAAGAAAGCAGUUGCAAAGAAAUUACAAGGCCUUUGAUUAAUGCUGUUGGAGAGGAUGCUACAUCAAUAGAGGGACAUGUGAAAGUCCUGCAGGACCAAUAUAGAAGGACACAGCCAGAGACUCACAUUGUUGAAGAUCGAAUGAGGAGGACCUUUGCCUGGAGGCGGCAGGAGAUUACUAGUGGUAUGACUGUUGAAGAUGUCGUCAACAAAUAUCCAUUCUUGAAGAGUCCAUCAGGGCUUUAUCAAGAAAUUGGUUUCCUGUAUAAAUGUGUUCAACUGAGCCGCCAUUUUCGAGAACAUUUUGGACACAUUACAUCCAGCGUGCUACGGCUCGCUCAAGGGAAAUCCCCUCUAGCAAAGCUGCACAAAGAAGCUAGAGAAGAAUCUCUCUGUGAAGACCAUCUUGGAAUUGAUUUUAAAGCAGCACUUCUCAUGUUGCCAGCCUUGUUCAGAGAGAAACUUGAACAUUUCAUUGUGCUUGGAGAGAGUGAACCAUCCUCACCAUAUCCUACUGUUCAAGUACAGGAGACCACUGACUGGAAAACUGUGUUUACAAGAAGAGUCACUGCAGUCAUCAAAGUUGAUGGGAUCGAAAUCUGCCAGGCAAACGGUGUGGAUGAAGGGGCUCUUGCAGCAUUUUGUGCUUAUUUCGUCUUCAAUUUGACAUAUCCAUCCCACCUGAAGAACACCCUGGUGUUUCUUCAGCGGUAUGUUUUGAAACUUACUGUGGAUGGUGACAAGCCUCUACCUACCCCAGUUACCAGAAUAAUUAAUCUCUUAUAGUAACAUCAGCAAAAAUGCCCCGCCUCUUCAAUUGCCCUAAAUGUUCUCGAAGAACAUUUACAAUCAUCAAAUUAAUCCAGCACAUUGGUCUCAUUCAUGCACAUGAGGCAAAUUUUUCAAUAACUUGUGGUCUUAAUGACUGUCAGAGAUCAUUCACGAAGUAUGCGUCCUUUAGAUGUCAUGUUUACCGAAAGCAUAAAAAUACGGUGUUACAACAGACUACUACUACGACUACUGACCCUCUGCCUCUGCUUGAGGAGGUUGAGAAAGAAUGUACUACUAAUGUUGCUUUUUCAGCGCCCCCAAACAUGAAUGAGCUGUUGCAGCAAUUUAGAGAGAACCUUUUUGCCUUCACAUUGAAAUGCAGAGAAAAAAAUCACUUGCCUCAGUCAGUACAGCAAGAAAUUUUGGAUGAUGUUAAUUUCCUGUUUAGUUUUUUCAAAGAGAACUAUGAUGAAUUUCUUGCAUAUCAUCUAGAAAAAAAAUGGCUUUGAUCUUGCAGCCUGUCCAGAACUUCAAGAAGUGCUACAGUCCCCAGACUUUUUUUCAGAGGCCUCAAGACUUGUUAGGUCUCCACAUAUGUUAAAAGAGUUUUGUAAAGAAAAGUUUGAGAUGACUGAACCCAUACAGUACACGCUAAGAGACCCAAGUGGUAACAAGACUGGAAGUUACUCUUAUGUUCCUAUUUGUGAGGUAUUAAGGAAAUACUGUUCUCAUGAGGACAUUUGGGACCAAAUACAAGCUGAGCUGAAUAUAGAAAAAGAUGAACUUGUUCUGAAUGAUUAUCGAGAUGGACUUCAUUUCAAAAACCACAAAAUAUUUGCAGGUAACCCACAAGCACUAAGGUUACAUUUUUAUGAAGACGAAUUCGAAGUAUGUAAUCCCCUGGGGUCUAAACGCAACAAGCACAAACUGUUCGCAAUUUACUAUACCGUUGGAAAUGUGGGUACCAAGUAUUGCUCUCAGUUAAAACAUAUGCAUUUAGCUUUACUUGUUCGCUACUGCCAUGUGAAACAAUUUGGACUAGAUGAAAUUUUGAAGCCAUUGAUAGAUGAUCUUAAAAAGCUUUCAUCAGAAGGAAUUAAUGUUCUUGUUGAUGGUUCAGAAAAAAAUGUUUGUGCAGCUGUUGCAGUUAUAUCUGCUGAUAACCUUUCCUCUCACUUAAUAGGUGGAUUCAGUAUGUCUUUUAAUGUUGGUAGAAUUUGUAGGUACUGCAUGGCCACACAUGGUGACAUUAAGAGAUGUUUUAAUGAAUCUGACUUUGUUUUAAGAACUGCGGAUGUCCACAGAUACCACUUAGAGUGUGUGAAGGAAAAUCCAGACACUAAAGCCAUUUAUGGUGUCACGUGAGGCUGUCCUUUUGACAAACUAGACUACUUUGAUGUUACAACGUCACUACCUCCGGAUGUGAUGCACGACUUUCUAGAAGGUGUAGUUCCUUUAGUGUUGCGCCUUGUUUUAAGUAAAGCUCACAGAGAGAAAGUCAUAACCAUACAAGAGUUCAAUGAAGAGCUGAGAAAACUUACUAUUGGACAGAAUGAUAAGAAAAAUAAGCCAGCUCCUCUUUCUGAAAAACUUCUACGCAGCUGCAGUAUAGUAGGAUCUGCCUCACAGAAAUGGUGUUUAUUUCGCCUGCUGCCCUUCUUGGUAGCACACAGAAUUCCUGAGGGCUGUAGCUACUGGCAUGUCUACCUACUUUGUCGUGAAAUUUCUGACAUUGUAAUGGCACCAGCUGUAAAAAAAGAAUGGCUUCCCACUCUUGAUCUUUUAGUUUCUGAGUUUUUGUCAUGUACAGUUAAAGAAUUUGGUGAUGUUCUUACUCCAAAAUGUCAUUAUUUAAUCCAUUACUCUCGUUUGAUGUUAUGUUAUGGGCCUUUGCGUUCUUUAUGGUGUUUAAGAUUUGAAGGAAAACAUCAAUAUUUUAAACAGGUUGCCAGCACGUGUAGAAAUUUUGUUAACAUUUCAUCCACUUUAAGUAAUCGACAUCAACACAGACAAUGUUGGGAAUUGUCUUCUGUUAAUAUGUUGGGGGAAUAUGAGAGAGUUGCUGGAUGUUGUGUGAGCACACAAUUUCGAUCUUUGCCUGUGGCUCUACAGCAUUCAGUGAAGGCAAAUUAGAAGUACAGCCAUGUCAAUUUUGAAGGCAAACAACUUCAACGAGUAACAGAAGUAGUGCUUAAUGAUGUCAAAUACUGUGUUAAAGAUGUGUUUACUGUGGGUCAUCUGCAUGCAGAAGCUGUUCCACUGUUUUUUUUCAGAUUAAGUACAUUCUUAACAUAGACACAGACUGGUUAUUGUGUGGCAAGCUUUUAAUUCCGGUUUCUUUUUGUCGUCAUUUUUAUUCAUACUGUGUGAAAUGUGAGAAUGAAUGGACUGUCCUCUUGCCAGGUGAAGAGGUUGAUUACCAGGCAUUAGACACGUACCACGUUGAUGACAAGUUAUUUAUUAGCACUAGAUACACUUGCUGAAGACAAACUGCUGAAAACCUCAAAAUGUGCAGUACUUGAUGUAGCCUGUGUAAUAAGUCUGUUUUACUUGUUUGAUGAGUUUUUCUGAGUUUUUCAUUGAAUAGCUAGUUUUUUCUUGACAUGCUUGCUGUUGUGAGAUGUAAUGAAAUCUUUUUAAAAGAACAUUUCUAAAUAAAAUUGACUAUUUGUUAGCCAAGGUAUUU